AUGGCGACCAAGGAGGAGCAACCGAACCCUCCGCCCGCAGUGCAAGGCCACCCAGCGUAUCCACCGGCAUACGGCCAGCCCGUGUACUACCAGCAGCCUCCUGCCGGCUACCCAGUGGGAGGCUAUGCCAGUCCGCCACCGGGACAGUAUGGCUACCCUCAAUCUCAAGCUUAUGGAUAUUACGGCCAACCCGCGGUCAACAGUCCUGCCUCAGCUCCUUAUGGAGGAGUGGAGGCUGGCGGCUAUCCGGCUCCGCCUCCAGCUGCCUACGCGUACCAGCAGCAGGAGGCUCCGAUGACCUAUGGAAAGACGUCUUCGAUCCAGAGCACAGCACCUCCAGGAGCGCGUCCAGGGGCUGUCGAUCUUGAGACAGCGUCUCAAGUGUCGGAUCUGAUAACCCCGGAUGUGGACAGGUCGAUCCGGCAUGCAUUUGUCAGAAAGGUCUAUGUCAUUCUGUCAGUCCAAGUCCUUUUCACCUUCGGGUUGGCGACUGCCUUCUCCCUCGUCACUCCGAUGCGAACGUGGCUCCAGGCGAACGCUUGGCUGCCCCUUGCGCUGACGCUUAUUGGUUUUGUUUUGAUGAUAGUCGUGACGUGCUUCCCGGAGAUGGGGCGGCGGGUGCCGCAGAACUUCAUCCUGCUCUCCCUCAUCACGGGCUGCUUCUCCAUGCUCAUCGCCUUUGGAGGGGCGGCGACGGAAAGUGACGCUUUUUUCCUUGCAGUGGGCAUCACCUUCGUGGUGGUUGUUGCCCUUACGCUGUUUGCGUGCCAAACAAAGAUCGAUUUUACAGGCUGCGGACCGUACAUCAUGGUCGCCGUGAUUUGCUUGAUGAUGUUUGGUAUUUUCUCCAUUUUUUGGCACUCGCGUGUCAUGAACCUCGUUUACUCGUCGCUCGCCGCCCUCCUUUUCAGCUUCCUUCUCGUCUACGACACGCAGCAAGUCGUUGGUGGAAAGCACCGCAAAUUUCAGUACUCCAUCGACGACUACAUAUUCGCAGCUCUCACGCUGUACAUGGACAUCAUCACCCUGUUCAUGAACAUUUUGAGCCUGGUUUCAAACUCAUGA